GGUAUUGUCCGGAUUAUCGGGGAGUUUACAAUCCUCCUCAUUAUCUCUUAUCCUUAGACAAUUUACCCAAAUGGGCGUUUAUCGCCAAAUAGAUGGAAUUGGCCCAGAGCUAAUGGUAAAAAGUAUGAUUUACCUUUUAUCCACUGUGAUCACCAUCUGUUGAAUAAAAAUCCAAGCCUACCGCAAUCUUCCACAAUGGAAAAUACAAAUGGAAAAGAGGUAGAACCUUUUAUUCUGGAAAAUAAUGUUGGAAAUGUCAUAAGCCAAGGUGACAACAUCGAUGAAACAUUAGCAAAUGUAAACAAUGUCAGUUUGCCUGAGGAGUCUGAAAAAAUCGAAGAUGAAGCCGAAGAAGUAACGCUGAAAGAAAUGAUUGACUGCUCAGAAUGGAGGCAGAAUCAUAAACAUGUAUUUAUUUUAAGCUCAGCUGGAAAACCAGUGUAUUCUCGGUACGGUUCGGAAGAUAAAUUGGCGACGAUCUUUGGUGUGAUGCAAGCACUUGUAUCCUUCGUUCAAGAUAGCGAUGAUUCAAUUCGAUCGAUACAUUUUGAACAAAACAUAAUGGUUUUUUCUAUAAAAGGACCUAUAAUUCUGGUAGCUGUGUCCAACAGAAAAGACAGUAUUGAAUUUAUUUCAACCCAAUUAACAUAUGUAUACAACCAAAUUGUCAGUGUUUUAACGCUUAGCCGGGUUACAAAAAUAUUUGAAAAAAGACACAAUUAUGAUUUAAGACGACUUCUGACAGGAUCUGAGCGCCUUAUCGAUCAUCUUCUCACGUUUUCAGAAACGCAACCAGAAUUUUUGCUCGAUGCAGUGUCAUGUCUUAAAAUGCAAUCAGCACAAAGAGAAGCCAUCUCCAAUGCCAUUAUCAGCACUUGCUCAAAAAUAAAAACUUUAGUAUUUGCUAUGUUAAUCGGAUGCAAUAGACUGAUAACUCUUGUAAGAAGAAAGAAGUACUCGUUACAGCCUUCAGAUUUACAUUUAAUCUUCAAUUUGGUCAAUUCUUCAGAAUCUUUCAAAACAGCUGAAAGUUGGACACCAAUCUGUCUUCCUAACUUUGAUGCUACGGGUUUCUUACAUGGACAUGUUUCAUAUUUGGCAGAAAAUUGUCAAGCUUGUCUUUUACUAUUAACUGUGGAUCAAAAUAUAUUUUUUGAAUUAUCAGCAGCCAAAAAGGCAAUUGUUGAGAAACUUGAAAAAAAUCAGUUGUUUGAUGUGAUUAAUGAAGGUUUGAAGAAACCCAAUUUAACUGUGAACGAUAUACCGAAAAUUUAUAAAAUGAGACAUUUCAUAUUCAAAUGCAAAAAGAGCUCACAUUUGUUAUCUCCCGUAUUGCCCGUACUUUACAACACCCCUGCGGCAGCCAAUAAUCUUAUGUUUCAAUAUCAACAACUUUACAGUACGAUUCAUCAGCCUGGUUCCCUGUUGAAAUUGGCCUUUCAGCAGUUACCGAAUGAAACCAUGUUGGGUUGGGUUACAGAAAAGUUUGAGUUAAUGGUCACAUUCGAACCGCUAAUUAAUAAACGUUCAGCAACUGAUGGUGCCAAAAAGUUGUCCCAAAUAAUAGAAAAAGACGAAGAUAAAUUUUUCAUUCAAAAUAUUUAUAAUUUUUAAUUGAUUAUAAAUAAUAAAUUGUUCGUAUUUAUUUUGUUUUGAAAGUAUCUAGUUUAUAAAUGAUAAUUGUAGAAAGGCCAAAAUUGAACCAUAAUAAAAAAAAAGUUUUCAAUUGUUCAGAUGUUAGUCAACAUAUCUAAACAUGUUAAGGUAAAAUGAGAUGUAAUUAAUUAAGAAAAAUAUUUCAUUAUUAGCUAAAUUCAUAUAUUAAUAAAAUUUUCACACAUUGAGAAUUCAGAAAUUCCGACUAAUUUGAUAAUUAAUAUGUUUUAAUCCAUUUGUUGUUGAAAUAAUUUUAAAUUCCAAAUAGAUAUUGUUUUUAUCUAGAAAUUACGCUUUACAUGAACAGUAAAUAAAGCAUCAGUUUUUGGUCUAUAACAUAACGAAUAAUUGUCUUCAAAAUUAUAGUCAUAGCCAAAGAUAUUUUUGUAUUUGUUACUAUAAUUGCGCUUGGAAUAAUUUAUUGUAUUUUUUC